AAAUAUGUGGAUUUGUGUAUAUGAAGUCAAAAUGGACAUGAACAGCAUAUCCAAAACAAAAGAUUUUCUUGUCUCUUUUUUAUUUUACUAUGCUGUUGAAUUUUUCUAGAUGUUAAAGUGUACAUCUUUCGGACUGGAAAAACAUAUGGCUAUGAUAAGAACUUUACUGACAUGCUACAAAGGCGAAUUGGGAAUCUGACAGAAGUUUCAAGAGUGGACGAGAGUGAUAUUAUUCUGGUUUUCUGUCCUGUUGUUUCCCGAGCUGGAACUGACAUUGACACAGCACUUGAAAGAUUCAGUGGCAAGACAGAUUCUAAGCUGGCUGUUCUGGUGGUGCUUCAUCACACGUUUGACCCAGAGAAAACCAUCCCAGACAGCAGCAGAUCUGUCAAGAGGACAGACAUACUCACAGUGGACUGUCUGUUCUAUGAGGAUAGAGGAUUACUGAAGUGUCAGAAGAAUUCAAAUGCAGUUGACAAAACUGUGAACUGGUUAAUACAGCAGGGGAGGCAAACAGGUGUCAAAAUACGUCCACGUCAAAACUUUACAAACCCAGGACAAAACCGAGAUCAAGAACCUGAAAGAUUGGCCAAAGUAAAUAAGAGGCAGAAAAUGGCAAACAACGAACCUAGUACAAAAAAGGUCAAAGUUUUCUUAAUUUUGGCUGGAAAGAUAAAAAGCUGUCACAAGGAAAUUUUCGACAUUCUGAGAAAACGAACUGAGAAUCUGGAGGAAGCUCGUACAGUGGACGAGAGUGACAUUAUUCUAGUUUUCUGUCCUAUUGUUUCUCGAGCUGGAACUGACAUUGACGCAGCACUGAAGAAUUAUGUUUACCCUACAGAUGUGCAUGAGAUGACAUGCAAUUCCUCCCGUCCAGUUGAUUAUUUUAUCUAUGUGACUAAAGACACACACAAGUGUGAUGUGGACUUUAUAGAUGGUUUACACAAACAGGUUCAGCUGAGGAAAGUUUCUAGAGUGCAGGACAGUGAAAUCAUUCUGCUCUUCUGUCCUGUUUGUUCACCAUCUGACAUCAGUGCAACAUUACAAGAGUACCACAAGAGACCAGAUAAGCCUGCUGUUGUCAUUUUUCUCCAUAAGACACUGGAUUCAGACUCUGUCCCAAACAGCAGUGGACAUGUGAAAAGUCGUGGAUGUUUUAGUGGUGGACUGUAUUUUCUGCUGUGA